AACACAGAGAGGCUCGUUUUUUUUCUGUUACUCAAGGUUAUUUUCCCAGCGCGAACGCAAAAAAAAAUAUAAAAAGUUUAAAAAUAAAUUAUCUUAAUGACAUCUGUUCCGACCAUCUCCAUCACCACCCCAGAUUUGGAGAGCAAAGAUUACAUGGCCAGCGGAACUGUUACGCCCACCACUCCUGAUUCCCCAACCGUGUUUGAUGUCGUUAAAGAAUUAGAAAAUAAGGAACCUUAUAUUGAAGAUGAGGCUUUGGACCUGUCCGAAGCAAAUGCUACCCCGCAAAAGUAUGGUGUGAGAUCAGCCAUAGACAGCGACGACGACGAGCGCGAGGAACCAAAGACCAUCAAAAACUUUUACAAUCAAAAAAGCAUUUUAAUCACAGGUGCAUCCGGGUUCAUUGGAAAAGCACUUUUAUGGAAACUUAUGCAAUCUUUGGGCCAGUCCUUUGACAAGAUUUUUGUAUUAUUAAGAAAGACCAGACAACAUCAACGCUCAGCUAGAGAUCGUCUGCAAGAUGAUAUCCUUUCUAAUAAGGCAUUCGUUAGUCUUCGCAGAUCGAUGGGCUCAACUAUGUUUGAUCAAGUUGUUCAAGAGAAAAUUUAUCCUAUAUUUGGUGAUCUGACCGAGCCUAAUAUUGGGCUAUCUGGACAGGACCUGGAUGACAUUCUCAACCAGGCCAAUGUCAUAUUUCAUUGUGCUGGUAGCAUGGAUGGAACUGAGCAAGUGGAUGCUGCCGUUAAGGUGAAUACAUUCGGUACUCUUCAACUUUUAACUUUAGCAAACCAAUGUCACUCAAUUGAUGCAUUUAUUUACUUGUCAAAUCUCCAGCAAAUUAAUGGCAAUGGAUGGAAAACUGCCGAUGAGAAAUAUCUAUAUCCUUUAUCUACAGAUGCAAAAAAUGCAACUGACAUUUUGACCGAAAUUAUGGCAGAAGGAUCACAAUAUGCUGGUUUUAGACCUCUUUACAGCAAUCCCUAUCUAUUCUCAAAAUCACUUGCUGAGCAUGUAUUAGUAGAUCAAGUCAUUAGGAACAAAGCAAUUGGAAGCUACCAGUUCCCUAUUGGGAUUAUGAGAUUAUCACCUGUUGGUCCCAGUGUCCAAGAACCUUUGAUAGGCUGGGCUGAUGGGGUAAAUGGUAUCAAUGGCACAAUUUUGUUAACAGGCAGAGGUAAUAAAGUCAUUCAGCCUCAUCUCGGAGAUGGCGUGGCUGAUGUUGUACCUGUUGACUAUGUCGCACGUUUAAUUAUUGGUUGUGCAGCAACAUUAACCCAAUCUGAACAGUUCGAAGUUCCCAAGAUAUCUAGCGUACCAGACCUUAAGCAACAUAAUGUAGAAGAAUACACUCAACCUACAGAACCUAUUCGCUCUCAUAAACGCACCUCUAGUCAAGCAAGUAGAAUAUCUAUCCGAAGUUCAACUAUGUAUCAAAAUCAUCAAACUCCCAGGAUGUCAUUACCCGGUCACCAGGAACAAGUUGAACACACUGUACCUGCAAUUUUCCAAGUGUCUAUUUCAAAUAUGCGCCCUGUCACUUGGAGAGUUGGCUAUGAAGCCAUUCGUCAAUACUGGAUUAAAGCAACUAGUGUAACUUUAGCUCCUUCAAAAUCUUAUUUCAAUGCUCCGCAGAGAAGUUCAACCAUGAAUAGUAUGACAUCUACUGCUUCUCCCGGUCUUUCGAGGGCACGCACAGUCAUGAAUUCUUUAAGAGGAUAUUAUAUGAAUCCGGUUGCCGAGACUGCGUCCAAUCAUGUUGUUAAUGUCACACCAAGCGCUUCCCAGUCAAGUGAUAGAAUCAAUGGUGCACCAUCAUCUGUCAAUAGUAAGAGAAAUUCACAUCGUCUCAGCCGUACCGUAGAUAAAGCAGCAAAGUUAUCACACACGAUGAAGGACAGCAUAUAUUCUACCUCAGGGUCUUUAACAAACAAUCAAUCUAUAAAUGAAAACACGGCCAAUUUGAUCUUUGCCGUUCGAAAUAUCGAUGUCGGCAUGGAAUUCGAUCCUAGUGUGAUUGUGCCAGAAGAUGCAGAUGGGAAAUUUUGGGUCAAUUAUCUGACAAAUUGUAGUUAUGGUAUCCAUUAUUUUGUUUGUCAAGAGACCAACUUAAGGUUACCUACGCCAGUUUAUGGUUGGAGUUGUGCUAUUCAACCCAUUGAUUCUGCCGUUGGUGAUGAAGAUGGUGGAUAUUAUCAGCAUGUUUUCGAGAGACAAGUAAAUAGCGCCAUAUAUUCUCAGGAUCAAAUAUCACAACGAACAGCAAGAAUGGUGGCUCAUAUUAAAGGGCUUCUGAUGCAUAAUACACCUUUAGCCUCAUCUACAAACAAAGAGAAAGAUGAUGCAUGGUUAACCGAUCUGGAUGAUUCUUUGGAUGAUUGGUGCCAAGACAACGAUAUGGCUGCUGCAGACAAAGACAGACGUAUGGCUCUUGGUAAAUGGAGGAAGAAAGUGGGUAGUAAUGAUGAAUCCGUCAAAGUGAUUGUUUUGAACGAUAAACGUGUCAAUCAAGCGAUUACCCAGAUUACACAAAAUGCCGGUGUCCCCAAGCAAACCGCGGUGAAUGAAGCCAUGAAGAUUUUACUAAGAAUGAGUGAGCGUACUCAAUUAGCGUUUGUUUGGUUUACGGGCUCUUUUCUCAAGUCUCUUUUAGACGAUAUGUUUGAUAAUGUUCGAAUCUCAGACGAAAGUUUACGUGCGAUCCGCCAAUCUACUAUGGGUAAGCGUGUGGUGUAUGUUCCUGUUUCUAAAAGUAUGUUAGACCCACUUUUAGUGUGGUAUAUUGCAAUUCGAUAUCAUCUUCCUGUACCUGCUUUAGCUUGCGAUGAAAGCAUGUCUCAAAUGGGACCAAUUUCUGAUGUAUAUCGUUUGGCUGGUGCCUAUUAUGUUAAACGCGACAAAUCCAAACGUUCUCCCUUAAAUUCCGCUGUCACUGCAGCCUAUACACAAGUCUUAUUACGUGAACAUGGUGCCCUAUCAUUCUGUCUUGAAAGAUCUCGUUCAAGAACCGGCAAAUUCCAAGAAUCGUAUCCCGAUGGAUUUGUUGAUAUGAUCAUUGAAGCAACAUUACAAACUAACCAAACAUCGCGUUCUGCCACAAAUACAGCAAGUGUAAUUAACAGAAUUGUUUCAUCUGAAAUUAAUACACCCCCUGCUUCGCCUGAUUCACCUUCAUCUUCCGUCAUGGCUAGCCCAACCAUGAGUAUCGAUAGCCUUGCUCAUAACUUUGUUCCUACUCAACAGCAACAGAAUAGAAAAGUGCAUAAAGACGUAGUAUUUGUACCUAUCAAUAUCACGUAUGAGAACGUACCCGAGCUCUCUCAUUUGAUUGAUGAAGUAUUGGAUCAGCAACCUGCACGCCCAACAACUGGGAGAGCCAGAUCUUCAUCUCAAUCCUCCAUGAAUUCCGGUCGUCCUGGUGGUGUUGUUCGACCUAGUGAGGCUAAAGACAGAAGAAAGACUUUGCUCGAUGGUUUAGAGACCCAGAAGAAAUGUGGCCGCGUCACUUUUGGUAUCGGUCCCCUUGUCAGUGUGCAAGAGAUUGCCGAGGAAUGCAAUAGAGAGUACACUGGUGAGAAUGGGGAGACAUACGAGUCUGUUCUGGUUAGCAAUAUCACAAAUCGAAUCCAUGAAUCCCAAUGUACAGGAUUAGUCGUAUCACCUGUCUCCAUUAUAUCUGCCAUUAUUCUUUAUGGCCGCGCUACAAAUGGUGUAUGCGUCGGAAAGAUCAAGGAGUUAAUGGAGUGGUUAAGACACGAGAUGGUACGCAGUGGAUAUACUGUUGACUGGCAAGAGGGAGAAGAUUUAGAUUCACUUAUACUUACAUCCUUCAAAUUACUGAAUGAGCCAAAGAACUUGAUCGUGGAUGGUAGAGAAUUCAACGAUGAUACCAAUGUCAAAGUAAAUGACCAUGCAGAUAAUGUGAUGGCUUUAUCUUACUAUGCCAAUCAAAUGAUCGAUAUUUUCCUUUUGGAUGCAUUCUUUUCAGUUGUUUAUCUGUCAUUUUUGGAAGAUUCUGUAUUAGAAGACGAAUUUAUGGAUCGAUUCCGUUUCUUGCUACAAUUAUUGGAAAGAGAAUUUGUGCUUGACUGGAAUAUGGAAAUCAAGUUCGAAGCGAUGAUCAGCUCCUAUGUGCGAAAGCAAAUUAUUCGUGUACAUGAUAACCGUCUACUGUUACUGGUCAAUUUGGAAAAUGACCCAAUUCGAUAUGAACAAUUGGUCUUUUUGGCUUCUUUGGUGUAUCCUACUGUUGAUGCUUAUUGGAUUACUUCCUGUUCGUUAUCUGCUUUAGAGGCUGUUCCUAUGCUCCCAAGAUGUAUCAUUCCUUUAUUAACACAGUGGAUUGCCACACAUCUAAUUACGGGUAGACGAACUAUUUAUCGUGAGGUAUUAUCAACAGAGUCCAGCCGAACUGCCGUUGAUGUGUUUAUGUCAAUGGGCUUCCUUACAGAAAUUCAAGCCAAGGAAAAACUGUCCCCGGAUGCACAAAUUUUGUUGCAUGAAUUAGGUAUUCCCACUUCUGAGGUGCUGAUUGAACUUUCGGGACAAAAUAAUGACGGUGGUAGUAAACGUGUAUCGCCUGUCGACCCCGAAGGGAUGAUGAAGGCUGUUAUGGCACAGAUACAGAUGAACCGAGCUAAUUCCAACAUGGCUGAUCUUUGUCAGCAAAUCGACUCUUACAGACUAGGUUCAGCCUCCAAGCGCGAGAGUUUUCAAAAUGCCCAAGUGUUCCAAAAAUGUCUGAAGCAAAUUAAGGGCAUCUUGCAAGCCAAUUCAAGCUUUGCUAAAAGACGAAAUGUCGUUUUACCUGAAGAUGAAGAUGGAUUAGCUCAGCUGGUAUAUUCCUUAUUAGCCAGCAGUGUGCCGGUAGGAGAUAGAGCUGCUCAAGCUCGUGCUUUACGCCGUAUUUCCGAAGCGUAUAAUUUGAGAUAAAAUACCUCCAUAUUACCCUACUGCCCAAUUUGUUACUUAUAUUUUUAUACAUAUUAUUUUCUUUUUGAUCUAUUCACCAUUUUAUAAAUUUCUUACAACUAUAUUUGAAUAUAUUCUUACCGAUCUUCUUUAAAUUAAUAUUCGUUAACCAUCAAUUGCAAGAAAU